AUGUCGCGGGACCGGAACCACCGCGGCAACCGUCGCAAAAGGAGCCCGCCGGCGCGGGGCCAGUCGCAGGAUCGCUCCAAGCGCGGGCCGGCGAGCGAGUGGGCCCGCUCGCCCGGCGGCUCCUCGGCUCGCGACGACUCGGCCGCGGCGGAGGAGCGGGCGGAGAACCACUACAUGGUGCGGGUGGGCGACCGCUUCGACGGCGGCCAGCUCGAGGUCGUGCGCGAGCUCGGCAAGGGGACGUUUGGCCGCGUCGUCGAGAUGAGCGAGCGUGGCAGCGGCGCGCUCUGUGCGGUCAAGGUGGUGCGCGCGGUGAGCAAGUACCGCGACGAGGCGCAGGUGGAGGCCGACAUCCUGCGCGAGGUGCAGGCGCGGCUGCCUUCCGACAGCGCCGUCCCCAUCUGCCGCCUCCACCGCACCUUUACCGAGCGAGGCCACUUUUGCAUCGUGCUUGACCGGCUGGGCUCGCGCCUCUAG